AAAAAGCUGAACUGAAAAGACCUAUCAAUAACUCUUCACUUUAGAACAAGUGAAGUCACAGGACAAACCACAGACAGAUGAAUACAGAGGAUCAGAACUUAAUGGAGCAGAAGCCUAUGAGCACAAACCUCUAUGAGAACCAGUUAUGGGAUAGGAAAAAUUGAACUGUAAUCGAUAAAUUGCUAGAGGUUCAAUGUGGAUAACUUUGAAUGUUAAAAACUCCAGGAGGACCCAGUUAUCAGAAGUCCUCAUUCACUUUUCAAUUUUGCCUCCAAGAGCUCAACUCUGUUCUCACAGUGAGUGUUGGAGAAAAAUCUCCUCGUGCUUCCACAAAGGAGAAGACAAAAGGAAUGGUUUUGAAAUGUCUCAGAGCAUUCUGUCUUCUUAACAAGGUCUACCCUCAGGAGAAAGUAUGUAACCAGAGCCUAACCUGCUGGGGUUUUAUCAGAGGGUAACUGACCUGAUGAAAAGAGAUACCCAACUCCAGUCCACUCUAGUCAUUCUGUCCCACCAAACAGAAGAAGAAAACCUGAGAGUCACAUAGAAGACUGAGACCAACUCAUGGGAUUAUAGAACAUUUUCCCUUCCCCACACCUUACCACUACAUUACUAAAGGCCUAUUUACAGCAGUUCCUUUUGCCCAGCACAUUAUGUCCAGCUACCAAAAAUAUUGCAAGACAUACUAAAAGGCAAAAAGCACAGUUUGAAGAGGCAGAGUAAGCAUCAGAACCAGACUCAGGUAUGGCAGGGAUGUUGGAAUUGUCAGAAUGGGAAUUUAAAGCUACGAUUAAGGUGCUAAGGGCUUUCAUGGAUAAAGUAGACAGCAUGCAAGUCUAGAUGGGCAAUGUAAGCAGAGUCUAAGAAAGAACCAAGAACAAAUGCUAGAAACCAAAAACAACAGGAAUGGAGAAUAUCUUUGAUAGGUUUAUUAGUAGACUGGACACGGCUGAGCAAAGAAUCUCUGAACUUGAGGAUAUUUCAAUAGGAACUGCCAAAAUGGAAAUGGAAAAGGAGAAAAAAGGCUGAAAGAAAAAAAAAUAUCAGGAAAUAUGGCACAACUACAAAAGAUGUAACAUACAUGUAGUGGAAAUUCAAGAAGCGAAAAAAGGGAGAAAGUAACAAGUAAUAUUUGAAACAAUAAUGACUGAGAAUUUCCCCAAAUUAAUAUCAGGCAUUAAACCACAGAGAACACCAAGUGGAUAAAUGCCAAAAAAAACCCUAAAUCUAGGGAUAUCAUUUUAUUUAUUUAUUUAGAGAGACAGAGAACAUGCAAGUUGGGGAGGGGCACAGGGAGAGAGAGAAUCCCAAGUAGGCUCAGUGCAGAGCCUGACACGGGGCUCAAACUCAAGAACUGUGAGACCAUGACCUGAGCCGAAAUCAAGAAUCCAUUGCUCGAUUAACCAGCUGAGCCACCCUGGCACUCCAGGAUAUCAUUUUCAUACUACAUAAAAUCAACAAUUAAUUUAAAAUUCUGAAAGGAACCAGAGCAGGGAAAAUCACCAUACCUAUAGAGGAGCAAAGAUAAAAAUUACAUCUAAUUUCUCUUCAAUAACUGUGCAGGCAAGAAGACAGAUGGAAUGAAUUAUUAUUAUUUUUAAGUUUAUUUAUUUUGAGGGAGAGAGAGAGAGCAAGUGCAUGAGUGGGGGAGGGGAAGAGAGAGAGAGGGAGAAGAGACAAUCCCAAGCACGCUCCACACUGUCAGCCCAGAGCCCAACGAGGGUCUUGAACUCACAAACUCUGAGAUCAUUACCUGAGCGGAAAUCAAGAGUUGGAUGCUUAACUGACUGAGCCAGCCAGGUGCCCCAGAAUGUAAUAUUUAAAAUGUGGAAAGAAAAAACACACUAAAGUAGAGUUCAGUAUCUUGCAAAAUUAUCCCUUAAAAGUGAGAAAGAAAGACUUUCAAAAAGAUAAAGACAAACACAAAUUGAGGGAAUUUGUUGCCAGUAGACCUGCCUUGCAAGAAAUGUUAGAAGUUCUUUAGAGAGAAGUAAAAUGAUAUGAGUCAGAAACUCAAAUCUGCAUAAAGAGAGGAUGAUCAUCAGAAAAGGAAUACAUGAAGGUAAAAUAAAAACUUCUACUUUUACUUUUUUAACUUUAUUUUGAGAGAGAGAGAGAGAGAGAGUAUAAAGCGGGGGAGUGAGAGAGAGAGAGAGAGAGACAGAGAGAGAAAAUCCCAAGCAGGCUCUGCACUGCAGGCACAGAGCCCAACAUGGGGCUCAAACUCAUGAACUGUUAGAUCAUGACCCGAGCUGAAAUCAAGAGUUGGACACUUAACCAACUGAGCCAUCCAGGCGCCCUAUUUUUAUUUUUAAUUGAUCUACCAGAAAAAUCUGUUCAAAUAAUGACAACAAUAUAUUUGAUUAUGUAUGCCUUUGUAUAUAUGGAUUGCUAUAGACAGAAUGUGUCCUUCCCAAAUUCAUGUGUGGAAAUCCUAACCCCUCAAUGUGAUGGUAUUACAAGGUAGAGCCUUUGGGAGGUGAUUAGGUCAUGAGGGUAGAGGCCUCCUGAAUGGUAUUAGUACCCUUAUAAAAGAGACCCUAGAGUGCUCCUUUGUUCCUUGUUCCACGUGAUGACACAGUGAAAAGAUGCUGUCUACGAAUCAGGAAAUGGGCCUUCAUCAGACAGCAUAUCUGCUGAUGCCUUGAUCUUAGACUUUAAAGCUUCUGGAACUGUGGGAAAUACAUUUCUGUUGUUUAUAAGCCACCCAAUAUAUGGUAUUCUGGUAUAUAGCCCCUUGAAUGGACUAAGACCUAUGUGCUUAUGUAUAAGUGAAAUUAAUGACAGAAAUGAUACAAGGGACUGGCAGGAGAAAUUAGGAGUUUUUUUUGUACAACCCAUGAAGUAGUAUAUUGUUAUUUGAAAAUGGAUGUGGAUUAAUUGUAAAUGUAUAUUGCAAACUCUAGGGAAACCACUAAAAAGUGUUUAUAAAGAAGGGUGCAGGGGUGCCUGAGUGGCUCAGUUGGUUGUUUCUGACUCUUGGUCUUGGCUCAGGUCAUGAUCUCAUGGUUUGUGGGAUCAAGCCCUGCAUUACACUGCACAUUGACAGCAAGGAGCCUGCUUGGGAUUCUCUCUCUCCCUCUCUCUCUCUCAAAAUAAAUAAACUUAAAGGAAAAAAGUGUACGGGCUCCUGGCUGGCUCAGUUGGUAGAGCAUGUGACUCUUAAUCUCAGGGUUGUGAGUUUGAGCAUAGGUUGGGUGCAGAGGUUACUUUAAAAUCUGAAAGAUUUUAACCAACUAAACUAAGAAAAGAGAGAAAAUGGAAUCAUAUAAAAUGGUUAAUUAAAAUCACAAAAUACAGGGGCACCUGGGUGGCUCAGUCAGUAGAGCGUGUGUGGGGAAUAAGGUUAGGAAUUCCCUGAAUUUGCACCGAUGGGUUAACAAGACAUAAAGAAAUAGAAAGCCACGGGAUGAACACAUCCAAGACUAGGCAAACAAGAUUAGGUAAACAGGGCAAAGGCCCCCAGUAUAGGACAAAGGUAUAGGAAUAGGAAAUCUCAGGAUGAAAACAUCCAAGAUUAGUAAACAAGAUUAGGUAUUCAGGGCAGAAACACCCCCCAAUUUAGUACAAUAGCAGAAAGCUUCUUUCACUGGAAGGAAGGACAAAAACAGGUAAACAGGGCUAUAGACUGCAGCAGGAGGAAGUUGCCUGGAGAGGAGCUAAUUAGCAAAAGAAAGGUGUCUUUUUGGCCCUGAGGUAGCAUACGCUGUCUUUCUUGUCCCCUAGACCAGUUUAGGUAAACAGAGGUGGUGCCUCAUGUCUGCUGUAAACAACCUUCUGCCCAGGAUUUAGUUUUGUAUUGACCCAAACCCCUAACACCGCAUAUCUUCAAAACCCCCUUUCCCUCACACCCACAAGUUAAUGUUCAUGGUUUCAUUGUCUCUUUGUGCACGUCCAUCAUGCUUGUAAGCCUUCUGAUCCUAAUAAAAACGGAGCAAGGACACUUACUUGGGACUCUUAUCUCCUCUUGGACAUUAUCGUCUCUUGCAUUUCAAUCCUGCAUCCGCUCCCUUGCUGGACAAGAGAGAACUCCAGACCCAGAGACUACGAGAAGCAUGCAACUCUUGAUCUUGGGAUUGUAAAUUCAAGUCCCACCUUGGGUGUAGAGAUUACUUAGAAAUAAAAUCUUAAGGCGCGCCUGGGUGGCUCAGUUGGUUAAGCAUCCAAUUUCAGCUCAGGUCAUGAUCUCACGUUCAUGAGUUUGAGCCCCGCAUCAGGUCUUGUGCUGACAGCCCAGAGCCUAGAGCCUGCUUCGAAUUCUGUGUCUUCCUCUCUCUCUGCCCCUCCCCUGCUUGUGCUCUGUCUGUCUGUCUCUCAAAAAUAAAUAUUAAAAUAAAAUCUUUAAAAAACAGACCCACAGAAGACAGAAAAAUAAUAGGAGACAAAAAUAGGAACAAAGAACAAGGGCAACAAAUAGAAAACAGUAAUAUAUAUGGUAGAUAUGAAUCCAACUAUAUAAACAAUAAUUUUGAAUGUCAAUGCUCUACAUGCACCAAUUAAAACAGAGAUUGUCAGACUGGAUCAAGAAACAAGACCCAACUAAAUGUUGUCUACCUGGAACCUACUUUAUGUAUAAAGACACAUAAAGAUUAAAAGUAAAUGGAUGGAGAAAUAUAUCAUUCUAACCUUAAUCAAAACAACAUAGGAGUAGCUAUAUUAAUUCAUACAGAGCCAACUUCAGAACAAGGAAAUUUAUCAGGGAUAAAGAGGGGCAUUACAUAUUGAUAAGGUGGUCAAUUCUCCUAGAAGACAUACUAAUCAUUAACAUGUAUGUGUCUAACAACAGAGCACCAAAACACAUGAGGCAAAAACUGAUAGAACCUCAAGGAGAAAUAGAUGAAUCCACUAACAUAGUUGGAGACUUCAACAUCUCUCUAUCAGAAAUGGAGCGAUCAAGCAGGUAGAAAAUCAGUAAGGACAUGGUUGAACUCAACAAUCCCAUCAGUCAACUGGACAUAAGGGACAUCUAUAAACUACUUCAUAUAACAACAGAACAUACAUUCUUCUCAAGCUCACAUGGAACAUUCAUCAAGAGAGACCACAUUUGGGGACAAAAAACACUUUAUCAAAUUUAAAAGAAUAGAAAUCAUACAAUGUCUGCUCUCAGACCACAAUGAAACUAGAAACCAAUAAACAGACAGUUAGAAAAUUCCAAAAUACUCAGAGAUUAAAGAACACCCUUCUUUUUUUUUUUUUAAUUUUUGGUGUUUAUUUCUGAAAGAAAGAGAGAGAGAGUGCACAAGUGGGGGAGAGACAGAGAGAGAGGGAACACAGAAUCCAAAACAGGCUCCAGGCUCUAAGCUGUCAGCACAGAACCCGACACAGGUCUCGAACCCAUGAACCAUGAGAUCAUGACCUGAGCCGAAGUCAGACACUGAGCCAACUGAGCCGCCCAGGUGCCCCUAAAAAACACCCUUCUAAAUAUCACACAGGGCAAGUAAAACUCUCAAAAGAAAUUUAAAAAUAUUUUGAACUAAAUGAAAACACAAUUUGUCAAAAGUUGUGGGAUACAGUGAAAGCAGUGCUUAGACGGAAAUUUAUAGCAUGGAAUGCAUAUGUUAGAAAAUAAGAAAGAUUUAAAAUCAAUCAUCUAAGUUUCCAUGCUAGGAAACUAGAAAAAAAAAGAGCUAAUUAAAUUCAAAGUAGGCAGAAAAAAGAAAUAAUACAAAUUAGAACAAAAAAGCCAAUGAAAUUGAGAAUAGGAAAUCAAUUGAGAAAAUUAAUGAAACCAAAAGCUGGUUCUUUGAAAAGAUCAAUGAAAUUGAUAAGCCUCAAGCCUGGCUAACUAAUUAAAAAGAGAGGAGACAGAUUAUUAAUAUCAGGAAUGAAAGGGGAACUUCCUCAACUUGAUAAAGACUAUCUACAAAAAUUCUACUGUUAACAUCUUGUUUAUGGUGAGAAACUUGAAGCUUUCUCGCUAAGAUCAGAAAUAAGGUAAGAAUGUCCCCCUUCACCACAGCUUUUUAACAUUACACUGGAAGUCCUAGCUAAUGCAAAUAAAGAAGAAAGGGAAAUAAAACUGUUCUCAGAUAAUAUGAUCAUCUAUGUGGAAAAUAGCAUGUACAAACAAACAAACAAAAACUCCUGGAACUAAUUAGCAAUUAUAGCAGGGAUGCAGGGUAAAAGUUAAUGCACAAAAAGCAAUUGCUUUCCUAUAUACCAGCAAUGAACAAAUAGGAUUUGAAAUUUAAAACACAAUACUAUUAAUAUUUUAUUUUUUAUUUGUUUUUUAUACCAUUACUAUUUUAAAUAAUUCAAGCUUUAUUUUUUCUUUUUAAAUUUUUAUUCAAAUUCUAGUUAGUUAACAUACAGUGCAAUAUUGGUUUCAGGAGUAGAAUUCAGUGAUUCGUCACUUAUAUACAACACCCAGUGCUCAUUAUAACAAAGCACAAUACUAUUUAUAUUAGCAUUCCCAAAAUGAAAAGUUUAGGUAUUAAUGUAACAAAACACAUACAAGAUCUAUAUGAGGAAAACUACAAAAACUCUGAUGAAAGAAAUCAAAGAAGAACUAAAUGGAAAGAUGUUCCAUAUUCAUGGAAAGGAAGACUCAACAUUGUCUAGAUAUCAGUUCUUUCCAGCUUGCUCUAUAGAUUCAAUGCAAUAUCAAUCAAAAUCCUACCUAGUUAUUGUGUGGAUAUUGGCAAACUGAUUCUAAAGUUUAUAUGGAGGAGCUUUUGGUGGCAGGGUCUGGGGAAGGGGUGUCAGGUGCCAUGUCUGACCAUGAAGGUGGCAAGAAGGAGCCCCUGAAGCAGCCCAUGAAGCAGGCCAAGGACAUAGAUGAGGAAGAUAAGGCACUCAAGCAGAAACAGAAAGGGGAGCAGAAGAAACUCAAGGAGCUAAAAGCAAAGGCUAUGGGGAUGGGCCUCCUGGCCACAGGUGGAAUUAAGAAAUCUGACAAAAAGUAAGCUGUUUUUUUAUGCCUGAGACAAUGUGAUUCUUUUUUUUUUUUUUUAACGUUUAUUUUUGAGACAGAGAGAGACAGAGCAUGAACGGGGGAGGGUCAGAGAGAGGGAGACACAGAAUCUGAAACAGGGUCCAGGCUCUGAGCUGUCAGCACAGAGCCCGACGCGGGGCUUGAACUCAUGGACCGCGAGAUCAUGAUCUGAGCCAAAGUCGGCUGCUUAACCGACUGAGCCACCCAGGCGCCCCGAGACAAUGUGAUCCUUAAUUCCAUUCCUGUUCAAACAUUUGGAUUCCUUGUCAUAGUAUCUGUUGCCACCUAUAGCUAGAAUCAAGUGUUGUCUUAGAUCCGUUAGUACAUUUAAGAAUAAACUUUUGUAAAAAAGAAUCAUAACAAAAAUAAAGUUUAUAUGGAGUGGCAGAAGGCCUAGAAUGGCUAACACAAUAUUGAAAAACAAAGUAGGAAGACUGACACUACCCAACUUCAAGACUUGUUAUAAAGCUACUAUAAUGGAGAUAGUGAGAAUUGGCAAAAGAAUAGAAAAUACCUAAUAGACAGAAUACAGAGCCCAGAAAUAAAUCCACGUAAAUAUAGUCAACUGAUUUAAGACCAAGGAGCAAAGGCAAUAAAAUGGAGCAAAGAUAAUCUUUAAAAAAAAAAAAUUAAUUAAUUAAUUUUGAGAGAGAGAGAGAGAGAGAGUUUGCGCGUGCACAUGCAGGGAAGGGCAGAGACAGAGGGAGAGAGAAUCCUAAGCAGGAUCCAUGCUGAUGUGGGGCUCCAACCCACAAACCAUGAGACCACCAUCUGAGCUGAAGUUGAGUCCCAUUGCUUAACCCACUGAGCUACCCAGGCACCCCAAAGAUAAUCUAUUCAACAAAUGAUGCUGGGACAACUGGAUAUCCAUAUACAAAAGAAUGAAGUUGGAUCUCCUAUCUUAUACGAUAUACAAAGAUUAAUUCAAAAUGGGCCAAAGGCCUAAAUGUUGGAGCUGAAAUUAUAAAACUCUUUGAAGAAAAGAAGGUGUAGGGUAAUGGUCUGGCUUGGCCAGAGGAAGUCAGCAAAUCAGUGUGAUGGCAGAGGCCAGGCCACAGACGUUGAUGCCCCUAGGCACCCCAAGGCAGCUCUUGAAGAGCUUGGGAUUUCUUACCACCAAGUUUGUGUCAAUUCUGUAGGAGGCAAAAGAGGGCAUGGCAUGCUUGACCUCAAGCUUAGGUAGCUGACAGCCUGUGUGUUACCGCACAGGAAAAUGGGUAGUGACUACUAUUGGGUUGAUAGGGUGGGUGUCUCCUUUUGGGGUGAUAAAGAUGUUCUGAUAUUAGAUGUGGUGAUAGUUGCACCUUUGUGAAUAUACUAAAAACCAGUGAAAUGUACACUUUACAGGGGUAAAAUUUAUGGCAUAUGAAUUAUAUAGCAAUUUAAAAAUUGGGGCUAUAAAUGAAGAUCCAUAGUGUUAACUUUCAAUGCACACCUUCUAUGUGUCGGGCACUGCAGUAUUUAUAAAUUCUGCCUCAUUGAGCUUACAGUUCGGUCAAUAGUGCAUAUUUCACAUUGAUUUCACUCACUGUGUGAGUACCUACCAUGUGAACCUUUCUGACAUUCUGGGAGAUUCCCAGAAAAAUAACAUCUGGUCCCUGAAUACCUUAUUCCAGGUAUACACACAGGCGCGUCCAACAAGCUGCUAUAGACGAUGUUACCU